UUGGGGCACAUGUCAAAAUCAGAUGUUUUUGUGUUUUCAUUUUGGGUGCAAUCUUCGCUCAUGCUGUCCUCCCCACCACAGUCAUCCACCUGUGACGCAUCCCCCAACCUGCGUGCAAAGAACAAAUUUGCUCCACUUUGCUCCGAGAGUGGAGUAACUUAUGAAAUCGCAAGCAGACAUGCAGAAUCAUGCCGACUUUCAGGUUGAUAAUAAUUCCCACGAUUGACGUGGAUUAGAUACUGUGUGAGGGAAUUUAUGCUGGCCAAUUGGCGAGGGACACACGAUUUUUUUUUAGCUUAGUUGCUGGAGGGGCAAAAAGAUGAGACAUUGAAUAUUGAGAAAUAAAAGAAAAUUUGAUGAAAUGCCCAAAAUGCAGGCAGAAUUUUCUGCCGGUUUAGUUGGAGUACUGCGAAAGCGGGGAAUGCCUCGUCAUUGGAUCACGUGGAGGCAAGUGGGAGCUCGUCAGGGUCAAAUUAAUCGUUCCCCAUCCAUUCGCUUUUUGGCCUCUCUCAGUGUGUCAGUUGAAGCGAUAUCGGCAGGGUGUUUACUGCUCAAUGUUCUCCCAUUGUGGAAGUAAGAAGUGACUGUGUGUGUCCAGAAGUUUGUUGGUUGUGUCUCCAAAGUGCCAAGAUUGUGUGUAAUUUUUAAGGAGUGCUAACAUUGUGAUAAUGGAUGCUAUAUCCGAAUUUCUGCAACCCUACAAGGGUAUUGUGAGUGCGGCCGCUGGAAUUUGUACGGUUGCGCAGUUCUUUAGUGGUGCUUUUGUCUGCAAUGAUAUCCGGAAGGCGGGAAGUGCUGAGAAGUUCCCCUUUUUGCCCUUCAUCGGUGGCAUGGUCUUCUCUGUCCUUGGUCUCCAGUAUGGCGUUAUCCUGCGAGAUGAGACGAUGAUUCCGGUGAAUCUAUUCGGUUUGGCCUUGAACAUUGUCUACGUGUGCUUUUUCUACUUGUACACACCGCCCCACCUGAAGAAUCGCAUUUGGGGUCAAAUGGGCAUUGGUGGUGCCUUCUCAGCUGCUGUCGUUGCCUACGUCCAGUGGGAGGAUGAAGACAAAGUCGAGACGAGAUUUGGGCUCAUUCUCACUGCCCUCAUGGUGUACAUGAUUUCAGCACCACUCUUCGACUUGGGCACAAUUGUCCGCAAUAAGAGUGUCGAAGGAUUACCCUUCCCCAUAAUCUUCUCCGGCACAGUUGUCUCCUUCCUGUGGCUCCUGCACGGGCUAAUCAUCAACAAUACAAUCGUCGUGUUCCAGAACCUCUUCUUCUUCGUCCUCAGCGCCUUCCAGCUCUCCCUCUUUGCCAUUUAUCCCUCCAAACCGACACAAGACGCCGCCAAGAAGGCACAGUAGAAUGCAACAAGACGCGGUGUCCAAAGGAGACAAUAAGUCAAUGACUUCUAUCAGUAAACUAUCGUACGUGUAUUUUCUAUUUAAAUAAAUUAGAUUAAGAGUUUUCGGGUCCAAAUUUCAAGUAAAAAAAUCAUCUAAAGUAGAUAUUCUAGUCAAAAGUGCUCUUGAAUUUAUUUUAUUGAUUUUUCCUGAACUUUAAUGUAAGGUUUAAUGCUGAAGAUACAGAGCUUUUACUUUUAUGUACGUACAUUUUUCCCUCUAUUUCACUUUAAUUGUAUAGAAUAAAAAUCAUCUAUAAUUUUAUUAAACUUUUUUUUUUAUUAUUUGAAAUAUAUUUUAUUAUUUCUGAUCCAAAUAUUGAUGAGAAAAUACUUUAAAAUUAUUUGCUCAUCAAUUUUUGGAUCAAACUGAGACCUCAAAGGGGCUUUUAAAAGAGACUCGAAGGGAAGAAAAUUAAAUAAACAUCGGAAAUUCAAUCUAAACAUAAAGCAUAAAAGAAUCCAGCGUUCCAGCAAUUGCGGGAAGACAAAACAAAAUCCCAAAAUGGUUUUAGGUUCCAGUUGAAUAAACAUAUAGUAUAGAGUUUUAGGAGUGUUGACGAUAAAGGCAGAGAAUAGAACAAAUAAUGGAGCAUCAUUUUACAAAAGAUAAAAUCUGGAUGAUUUUAGAGUGAAAAAUCAAUGCAAAAAGUCAAUUUAUUGAAUAUUUUUUUCAGUCUUGAUUUUUCCAACUAAGAUAAAAUGUAAAGGUAAAAGCUUUUACUUGCAAGCUUUGAAUAAUUCUUUAAAAAAAUUAAUUAAUUAAUAAGAUUUAAGCUUUGAGCUUUGAGCUUUAAGCUUUUAGCAUCUUUAUGUUUUAUUUUGUCUUAUUUAGAACACAUUUCAAAUAUUCUAAUUGAUCCAGAUUGACAAUAUUUGAAAAGUUUUUAAGCGAUUUUUUUACUAGGUGUUUAAUUUUUUAUUAAAAUAAUUAUAAGAAAACUAAAAGCUUGAUUGAUCGGUAGAAAUCGAUUUUUUUAAACAUAAAAUAUGUUUCUAAAAAAAAUAAUUUUAUGUUAAAAAUCGUAAAUAUCUCGGGAUCCAUUCAAUGAUUCCUUAAAAAUUUUUAAAUUUUCAAUUAAAUAACAAAUCAGUUUAAUGAGUUUAAUGAAUUCUUUUUUUUUCUAUUCAAAUGCCAAGUUAAAUAUAAUUUUUUUUAAGCUUUUUCACGAAGAAAGAGAAUGAUAAUACAUUUCAAAAAAAUCCUUUAGGGAAAUUCUCUCUCUAAAAAUGAUAUUUUUCCCAGUAUUUUUAUAGCAGAAUAAAGUUCAGUUUGAUUGAUUAAACUUUGCUCAAUGCUAUUUGAAUUAUUUAGUUGGACAUUAUUCUUCAUGAAAAAAAAGUUUUUAUAUUUUCUUCACAUUUUUUUCUACCUCAAUUUACUUCAAAACAACCCUGACUUGCAAAAAAUAAACUAGUAAAACUUUAUCUCUCUCAGCAAUAAAUCUUCUUUAUCCAAAAGAACUCAGAAAGCUUUCAAAGAAUUAUUAUAAAAAAAUAAUCUUUCAUGAUUAAGAAAAAAUACCAACAAAAUGAUGCUAAAAUCUCACGUGUUUGUAAUGCAAAAAGCACGUUUUUAAAGACAAAUUCUUUCCUGUGUUUGCGGGAACAAUAUUUUUGCAAAAAAGCAUACAGAAUUGUACGUUUUCAAUGGAACAGAUUUAUUGUGGUCUUAUUGCGUUCUGGUGUAAUGCGAUUUUUCAUGCCCGUGAAAUAUCUUAUCAAAAUUCAAUAUUUGUAGAGCUUUCUGUGAAGCUUUUCCUAUGCAAAAUUCUUCAAUUAAAAGAGCACUAAAUAACUUUUUUUUAUCCUCAUGGGAAGAGGCUAAAUAAAAAAUCAUUUUGCAAAAUAUCUGUACGAUAGUUGCUGCCAUAGAAGUCGUUCUAAAUAAAAUUCUUUAAUCCAUUUUAGCAAAGGGUAUAAAGUAAAGUAAAAGAAAAUGUAAUAAUGUUAUAUUUUUAAGGGACAAUAAUAGACUUUGUGAGUAAUUUCGUCUUCCACAGUACAAAAAGCAAAGAAGAAAUGAGAAGAAAUGUGCCAAAAUUGGUGAAAGUGCAAAGAGAUUUGAGAAAAGGAAUUUCGGGAGGAAUGUUGCUGCAAAAUAUUAUUAAUUUCUCCCCCCAAAAAGAAAGAAAGAAAAUUCCAAGCAUGCAAUUUAAUCUCUUUAAGAUUUAAUGCACAAAUCAAAGAAAUAAAAAAAACAUUUAACACAAAAUUGACCUUGCGUGAAUUAAAAGCGACACCGAGUAUUCCAUUUUAAAUGAUUUUUAUUCAAUUUAUUACAUAAUGGUUUCUCUAUUACAUAAUGUCUCAAAUGUAUUUAACUUCUUCACUAAAUUCACGGACGUUCUGACAAGAAAAUGUUUUUUUUUUAAAGAAAACAUUGCAAUUCCCUUCUACUAGGUUUGGGUAUAAUUGCUCUAACAAUGUUGUGAUGGCUGGAAAAUGAGAAGAAAAACAGUUUUUGAGAAUCACAGAGUGAGGACAAAUGACAUGCGAAGAAGUUAAAAUUAUGCAUUAUCAUUACUUUUAUAUUAAUAAUGUAAAUUGUUUUUAUCAAAUACAAAAAUGUUCAAAUAUAUUUAGGGACAAAGUAGAAGUUCAAACCCCAAAAUGAGAAAACCAGAAACAAUAAUAAUUUAUUGAUAAGAAUAAAUAUGUUUUGGAAUGAGUAUUGGAAGAGUCGAUGUGUUGGAGGGUGUCCCGUAUGAUUAUGCUUAAUUUUAGGAUGAAUUUUGUUUUUAUUCUUAACAGGGUGGUUUAAUGAAAAUAAUCUACGAAGGAGUUCAUUCGUUUCUAUAUGAGAUUAAAUCUUCAUUAGCAGAAAUAAUCGAAACAUGAGAAACACGUCUUAUAAAGAAUAAAAAAAAAUUAAGAAAUCGCGAAAGAUCAACUGAGAUCAACUGGAAAAAUCAACAAAUAUUAGUCAAAAAAUGCAAACAAUGACGUCACUGUUACGUUUUUUCUUCCUUAACGAAAGAAGCUUAAAAAUAACUUGUCAAAAGUUAUUGACACAGAAUUUUUAUGCUAAUUCAAUGCACUAAUGUUAUAUGCUGUGAAAGAAGCCAAAACCAGUAUAGUGACGUCAUUGUUCACAUUUUUAGUACAAUAUUUAUAGACUUUUUCUAAUUGAUUUUAAAGCGGUUUGUUUAAUUUUAAGCGUAUUCCGAUUGUUUUAUUGAAUGAAAAUUUAACUUUUAUAGAAGCGAAUAAAUUUCUUAAAUGAAAAUGUCAAAUAAAUCGGAUUUAUUUUGUUUUUACUGACAUUUCAAUCAUAUUAAAUCUUCUUCAGGACUAUAUUUGUUUAAAUAUUUAUUUGCAUAUUUGUUUAAAAAAUAUUUAAUUGUGUAAAACAAUAAUUUAAGCAAAUAUUGUAAUUUGAUUUUGAAAAUAAUAUUGCGUUGUUAUAAACCCUGAAGAAAGUUUAAAAAAUUAAAAAAAUAAAUAAAAUAAAAAUAAGAUCGAAUUUAGUUAAAAUCUGCACCCCUGAUAAAAGACUAUAAAUUGAGUUAAAAAAAAUAAAAGAAACAUUAAGAACAUUAAAUAAUAUUAAAUUGACAGUAAAACAUGGGACACCCUGUAUUUAUCUCGCACUUGUUACUAUCUUUUCUCAGUUUCGUGUCAGUUUCUUUCUCUUUCCGCCCUUUUUUAUCUCUCUCUCUCUAUUACACAAUUUAGCCUUUUAUUUCCUUUUUUAACGUUCAUUAUCAGAUUAUUUCCAUUAUCAGCUAUUUCUCUUCCAACUGUUUAUUUUUCUUCUAUUUUAUUUCAACUAUGCUCCUACAAAAAAUUUUCCUUCUAUUUAUUAGGUAAAAAAAUCACAAUGUACUCUUUUUAUGUUUUUUUUUCUCUAGAAAAAUAGAACCAUUGUAUUCCAUUAUGUGUAUUUUAUUUUUAUUUUGUUAAAUAUAUCCUUGAAUAUUC